AUGGGGGCAACGAUGCGGCUAGGUCAGCGCAAGACGAUCAUCAGAGCUUUCUCGAGCGGCGAGUCUUCGGUGUCGGCAAAGCUUUACGGGGACGUGUCCGAGGUGAUGGAGCGACACCGGCAUCGGCGAGGUUGA